UUGAGCACCUCAGACUGAAGCUCCAGGCUGACACUGAGAAGACACAAGAGAAGGAAAUCUGCAGCAGGUCUUCAUCUGGGACAUCUGCAUCAUCUGCAUCGUUGUCGUCGUCAUGAAGUUGCUGGUUGUGUUUCUCCUCGUUGGAACCAUGAUGGUCCUGUCAGAGGGUUUUCCAGAACCAGAGCCUGGACCUGAGGCCAAACCAACUGAAGGAAGUGAACCUGAGACAGAAUCAGCAGAUGAAGACGAGAACAGUGUUGUAAAGAGAGCAGCAGGAUGCCCCUUUGAUUGGAUAGGAUUCAGAAAUGACGUUCAGAGAAAGAUUGGUGCCAUGAAAGAACGACUGGCAGCUUUGGCAAACAGACUGAAGAACAGCGAGAAACUGAUUGAAGACCUGAAAAGCAAAGAAAAAAGGGACAUCAUUUUCAGUGCAGCUACAGAUGGAAGUGGAUCAUUCGGACCCUUCAACACAGACAAAACCUUAGUAUAUCAAAGUGUGAAAACUAACAUUGGCAAUGCCUACAACCAACACACAGGUGUGUUUACUACCCCCGUUUCAGGCACUUACUACUUUACCUUCUUUUACCAUGCACUAGGAGGUCACCCAGCACAUCUCUUUCUCCAAAAAAAUGGUCACGUUGUUGCACAAACCUAUGAUCACAAAUCGCAGCAUGAUGGGGCUGAUAAUGGAGGCAAUGCAGUAAUUCUACAGCUGCAAAAAGGGGACCAAGUGUUUGUGCGCUUGGGUGCACACGCACACAUUUGGGCACCUCAUCACUAUACUACCUUCAGUGGUUUUCUGAUUCAUUAAGUUUAACCCAUAAAGACCCAGAGUUACUUUUGUGGCACUUCCCAAAUUAAUUUUUCUCUUUAUUUGACCUUUCUUAAGUGAUUUAACACAAUUUAUAAUAAUACUGUUCUCUAGAAGAGAGCAGACAGGUUUCUGAGCUGUUCUGCUGUUUCUGCCUCUCCCACUCUGCUGGAAUGAUGACAGUUGUGUGUCUCACCUUCAUUCCAUCUGUGCCAGAAGAGUGGAUUACUGAGCAAACACAGAGGCAUGAACUGAAAUCACAGUCAGCGAUGUGUGUUUGUAUCUAAAGCCUGCACAUCGGUCUGUCUGUGUCAUCAGUCUCAUAGAUAAACUGGUGACUUGAUAUUUGAAAUCAAACCUGUAUUUCUUUUCUUUUCUCGCUGUAACCCUACACAUGGAAAGAAGCGACAAGUCAAAUGUGAACUGCAGGUGGACUGCUUUAGGACCUGGUGUCUCAUAAAAGAGCAGAUUGAACGGUUCUGAAAAGAUGCUUUUAGCUCAACUUCAUUCUGAUUCUGUUCUUCUUCAAUCAUGCAUGAAUAAAAAGAUUUAAGCAUUGAA